UCAGAUGAGCUUCAUCUUUGCAGAGGUGCCAACGGCGGUCUUCCUGGAUAACUACCUCUGCGUAGCUGAUCACACCCUCUUCAACGUGAAACAUUGUGGGGCAGACGCCACGGGUACAAUCGAGGGCUUGAAUCGAACCGUCCUUCGGAAGCUUCCUCAGAGCAUCAGUCUGAUCAAGAUGGAGAGUGUGUUAAUGGGGGUGGCCUUCCUCUCCAUGCUAAUGAUCCUGACCCUGUGCGGUCCGGCCUAUCGUCCCACCGAGGAGAUUGACCUCAGGAGCAUCGGAUGGGGAAACAUUUUCCAGCUGCCCUUCAAGCACAUGAGGGACUACCGUCUACGCCACCUCACCCCCUUCUUCAUCUACAGCGGCUUCGAGGUGCUGUUUGCCUGCACUGGCUUUGCCCUG